GGCGGCGGCGGCGGCGGCGGCGCGUGUUGAUAAGGGGCGGGCGGCGGCGGCGGCGGCCGCAGAGGCGCGGAGCGGCGCGCAGCGAGGCGGCCCCCACGCGCCGGGCACGCUCCCGGCGGGGGGAGCGGGCAGCGCUCGCCCUCCGCGUCCUCACGCGCUUCUUCUUUUUUUUUUUUUUUUUUUUUUUUUUUUUUGCGCUUUCCUUUCGCAUUUUGAUCCUUUUGCAGUUUUAUUCGCCUUUUGCAUUUUUUCUUUUGCUGCUUUUUUCCCCUCCCUUCUCCGCCGUGGCCGCGCGGCGAUGAACGGCGGCGCCCUGCAGCCGCCGCCCGCCGCCCCCCUGCCCGCCCCCCGCGGCGGCCGGCGCCGGCCCGCCUCGCCCGAGCUGCUGCGCUGCAAGCGCCGCCUGGCCUUCGCCGCGCUGCCGGCGCCGGGCCACGGACCGGGACCGGGACCGGGACCGGGACCCGGGGGGGCGGCGGCGGCGGCGGUGGCGCGGCGCAACGAGCGGGAGCGGAACCGCGUGCGGCUGGUGAACCUGGGCUUCGCGGCGCUGCGGCAGCACGUCCCGCACGGCGCCGCCAGCAAGAAGAUGAGCAAGGUGGAGACGCUGCGCUCCGCCGUCGAGUACAUCCGCGCCCUGCAGCGCCUCCUCGCCGAGCACGACGCCGCCGCCGCCGCCGCCGCCUUCCCCCCGGCCCGCGCCGCCGCCGGCUACUCGUCGGCGUCGCCCUCCUUCGGCUCCUCGGCGCCCGGCUCGCCCUGCUCCUCCGAGGAGAGCGGCUGCGAGGCGGCGCUCAGCCCCGACGAGCGGGACCUGCUGGACCUCACCGGCUGGCUCGGCGCCUACUGACCCCGCGGCGGCGGCACCGGGACCCGCGGCGCCUCCGCGGCGCCCCCUCGGCCCUGCAGCCGGGGCUGGGGAGCUUCCCAACGCCGGACAAAUCCCGACUGAUGCCCGACUCGACCUGCCUGGGGGAAACGAAGACUUAUUUUUGUACCGCACACUUUUUUCCCCCUCCUUCUGAAAUAAGAGAAAAGGGGUGAGGAGGGAGCACUGCCCUCGCCCGCCCGGGACGCCUCGGGAGGGCGCGCGGGUUGGGGAGAAGCUCUCUGCAGCGCUCUGCUAAAGGACUGUAAAGCUGUCUCGGGUCUCACUGCGGUGUCCAAGUUUGCCUGGUGUGAAGGUGCACGUCUCUGAAAACUGAAGUCUUUUUUUUUUUUUUUUUUAAUGUAUUGAAGGCAUUUUUGUAUGCACUUGCUAGGAUUUCAUAAGUUGUACAUAUGCGGUUUUUAAGAGAGUAUCAUAUUUUAUGUAAAUGGACUUUAUAAAUAAAAAUCUAUUUAUAAACGGC